GCCAAUAGUACUUGAUCCGUACACUUAAUUUGAUCGGAUCAGAGCACCAUAAAGCACACCUCACAGCUGAGAAGGACAGUGGUCGAUCGAGGGAGUGCAAUAAUCCUAAUGGCGGCCCAUCAGGCUCAGAAGCAAUUGACAGUUCCCACGGAGGCCGAGCUGUUGCAAGCGCAAGCCGACCUUUGGCGCCACAGCCUCUACUACCUCACAUCCAUGGCGUUCCAGUGCGCCGUCAAGCUCGGCAUCCCGACCGCCAUCCACACCCUGGGCGGCGCGGCAUCGUUGCCCGACCUUGUCACCGCGCUGUCCCUUCCGCCCGCCAAGCUGCCUUUCCUCCGCCGCAUCAUGCGCCUCCUGUCCAUGUCCGGCGUCUUCGCCACCACCGACAACACCAGCCAGAAACAAGAAGGGAUCAUCAUCUACCGCCUGACGCCAAUAUCCUACCUCCUCCUGGACGGCGGCGUUAUAGAAGGCCAUCCAAGCCAGACCUCCGUGGUGCUCGCCGCGUCCUCGAGGCACUGCGUCGAGGCCGCCAUGGGGCUCGCCGACUGGUUCAAGGAGGACACCACGGCCACGGGCGCGUCGCCGUUCGAGAACGUCCAUGGCGCGACCCUCUUCCACGAGAGCUUCGCGGAGCUAGACCCUGAGAACGACGUAAUGUUCAACGAAGGCCGGGCGGCGCACGACAACUCUGGCUUCGCCGCCGUGCUGAGGGAGUGCGGCGGCAGCGUGUUUGCGGGGCUCGAGUCGCUCACCGACUGCUGCGGCGGCGACGGCACCGCGGCCAGAGCAGUCGUCGAGGCCUUCCCGCGGAUCAAAUGCACCGUGCUUGACCUUCCCCGGGUGAUCAACAAUGUCUCUGCUACUGCUGCUGAUGGUGGGCUCGUUAACUACGUGGCAGGUGACAUGUUCAAGUUCGUCCCACCCGCUCAAGCCGUCAUGCUCAAGCUUGUGCUGCACCAUUGGAGUGACGAGGACUGUGUGAAGAUCCUGUUCCAGUGCAAGAAGGCCGUUCCUUCGAGAGAGGCCGGAGGGAAGGUGAUCGUUAUCGACAUAGUGGUUGGGUCUUCUUCAGGGCCGACGCUGGAAGCCGAGCUCCUGAUGGAUGUGGCCAUGAUGGUGAUGACCAAAGGCCGGCAGCGGGACGAAAAUGACUGGCGCGAGAUCUUCGUGGAAGCAGGGUUCAGUGACUAUACUGUUGUGAAGAAACUGGGCGCGCGUGGUGUUUUUGAGGCCUACCCGUGAAACAGGCCGGCCCAGAAAUGGAGGAUUGCUGUGCUGUGUGGUUUGGCGCAAAUCAGCAAAUGAUGGGAUCAUCAUCGUGAAUUGUCUGAAUGUGCAGAGGCUCAAAUGGACGUGUUCAAAUAUCGAAAAAGGUGCUCCAUUUGGUGUUAUGCAGAUCUGUAAGACGUCCAUUUGAAGAAGUAUCAAAGCACCCAGCGUGCUUUUAUGUGUGUACCGUGUCAUGUUCACGUUUUUACUCUUCACUUGUAAUUCCUUCUUGGCUUGCAUUUCUCGGUUCGGUCGUACAUGA